AUGUCCAUCUCAGACCUGUCAAAGGAGUGCCAGGAGCUCUUCAAUAGGCGUCUUGUUUCCGCUGCAUCCGCUCCCAAAGAACGGACAGCAAUAGAGAACCACCUCUUUAGAUUCAAUCUAUGGGUGAAGUUCUAUGCUGCUCCCUACGAUAAGCGAGACUCGCUGGACUGCCGCUUGAGGAAGGCCAUGGUACCACGUUCUCUGAUGCUAGAUUUACUCAGAGACCUCCUCGAAGCCCUCAACAGCGACUCUAGCAUAAUUGCGCCAACCAGCCAGGCUAGUGCUAUUGAUGGGAGCCCACAAAGUGUGGGAGAUGCUUCUAGCAAUGAGAACCCAGAAACUGUUGGGGAUAUCAUGAUCCAUCUACUUCGGUAUACCCGGGCGAUUCAUCGAUCUGGUAUCAUGCGGAGUCUUGUAGAAGUUCCCAACCAUUUCGAAUACGAUGAGAAAACCGGAGAGAAUAUCACAGAGAUGAGGGAGCGGCUAUCUAAGACCAUCUGCCUGAGACAACAAAACUUAUCAUUUCUUAGAUCUAUAUCGAGCAAGAAAGCCGCCUUGGAGUCGACUGAACCAGCUCCCCAGGCAUCGUCCUACAGUGCUCAUAGCUGUGACAAUACCCAGAGAGCUUUGCAGGCAAACUGGAUACGAACUCAUGGAACACGAACUGCUCCUCCUGUCCAGACUGCCACUGCUGUGGAUAGUAACCAGCUACCGCGGAUGAAUACAAUUCUGGAACAGAAAACCGCUGAAAACAUGGCAGCAAAUCUCCCGCGCCGCCCCAAAGUGCCUGUCGGCCAAACUGAAUUCGAGUGCCCUUACUGCUUCGUUGUGUGCCCUGUAGAAGAAUACACGAAAGAGAAUUGGCCCCGGCACAUCAUCAAAGACCUCGCACCAUUCAUAUGCGUCCAAGAGUCAUGUCCUACGCCAGACACGAUGUAUGAAUCGCACGAAGAUUGGAUUUCGCACAUGGAGACGAAGCACGCACCCCGGGGAUGGGCAUGCUACGAUGAAAGCCACGAUUCAGUACAGUACUUUGAAGACGAACAAAGCUUCAGACGUCACGCAAUCGAGCAUCAUGGCGGCGAUAUGACUGAGGACGAGUUGACGAAUCUCACAAAAGAAUGCGAGUGUCUCCUGCCUUUCCAGCCGUUUAAGAGUUGCCCAUUUUGUAACGAAUAUACGGAUGACGCAUCUAUAACUCUCGAUGAGCACAUCACUCUGCACCUCUUAUACCUGUCCCAAGUGUCAAUUCCAGGGGACUUUUUGGAAAUGCGGAGUGUCGAAUUUGAAUCAGAGGAGGAGAUUUUGAGCAGUGGUGCUUGUUUGGAGGGCAGCAAACUCUCGCAGAAGAACAAACCCGAUUCCGUUUCCAGCGUUCGGACUCCAAAGAGAGGAACAAGUGCGUCAUCAUCAAUCAACAACCCUAAGCUCCUUAAAACGAAUGAAGAUGCAACUUUGACGGAACUUGUAUCCCUGGCUAAGAAGAGAGAGGGUAAGAAUCAAUAUCACACUCCUAUAGAAGCUGUUGGCGAACCCAGUGCCGAUGACUCAUCCGUAGUUGGUCUGGAGAUGGCUUCGUGUAUGCACAAUUGCUCCGUUUCGCCUAAUAUGGGGCUAUCCGACGAUAUCAUCGAACCUCCUACCAUCGAACAUACACCUGGCGAGCCCGAUAUAUGGGACAGGUUACAGGUCCGAGAGAGCCUUCAAGCCCAGUGA